AUGGUACAACUAGCUCUAUUCACCAAUAACAACCACAACAAUAAUAGCAAUAGCAACACUCCAAAUACUUUAAACGACGAUACACAAUAUGAUUCAACAACUAUGAAUACAGAAGAUACUCCUAUAAUACCGGACAAGACCGAUAAACUCAAUGGACUGGAUUCCCGAUCUCUGUCAAGAAAUAGAACUCGAUCCAUAUCUUUCACGAGGUUUCUUUUCAAUAGCAACAACAACAAUAACAACAAUAAAGACCACACUGAACAAUCACGUUGUCCUUCAAAUGAAACACUGGAUAAUUCUGUUGGUUCACCUGAACAACAAAAUUCGGGGUUUAAUAAAUUGAAGAAAAUGUUCAAAACUAAUUCUUCUUUGACACAAGAAGAUGGGAAAAAUAGUGGAAGAACAAGAUCGGCUUCAACACCGUUAACUCCGCCUAAAGUGAAGAAAGAAACCAGUGUACCUGUCAUCACCACAACAAAAGCACCUAAUAAGGAAGAAACAACAACCACUAAGAUACAUUCGCCUCCUGAAAGUCCCGUUGUGCAAUCUAAUCCAUAUUUCCAAUAUCAAGGAGUACCAGCACAUACAAAUACAUCCCAAAACCCACAAAUCGAAACAGCACCAGGUAGAUCAGAUAUGUCGGUUGCCUUGAGACAUAAUGAUUCGGUUUUCUCAUUGAAUGAAAAUGGAGUUUUAAAACCACCAAAGAUUCAUUAUAGUGAAUUAUCAUCAUCAAGUGAAGACAAUUCCGAACCUAGUUCACCUGCUCUCCCUAAAACACCCAUGAGAGAUCUAGUUGAAAAGGACGAAUUGCAUUUGAAACCUAUUGAAGAUGAACGAGAUUUAGCCAUCCCCGCUUCACCAUUCCAAAGAGCCUUAAGAAGAGUAGCAUCAGCUCCAUUAGUACAUCGUCUUUUAAACGAAAAGUCACCAGAGGAUGCCAAUAACAACAACAAUAAUAAUACUGGUAAUAACCUUGGUGGCCCAUUUAGUACUUCUACGCAAACAUCACCUAAAAAAGAUGAGCCAUUUGAUAUCAAUAAACAUAUUGGAGAGGUUAAAAUCACUGGCCGACCAAGAACUUACACUCAAGAUAGAACCUAUUCGAAUGCAGCAACAAGGAUAGUUGAUGUACAAGUUGGACCUAAUAGUUUUGAAAAAGUGAGGUUAUUAGGGAAAGGUGAUGUUGGUAAAGUUUUCUUGGUACGAGAAAAACUGUCAAAUAAAUUGUAUGCGAUGAAGAUUUUAAAUAAAAAGGAAAUGAUUGAGAGAAAUAAAAUUAAACGAGCUUUAGCAGAACAAGAAAUUUUAGCAACUUCAAAUCAUCCAUUUAUUGUCACUUUAUAUCAUUCAUUUCAAUCAAAAGAUCAUUUAUAUCUUUGUAUGGAAUAUUGUAUGGGUGGAGAAUUUUUCCGAGCACUUCAAACUCGAGACACAAAAACCAUUUGUGAAGCUGAUGCCAAAUUUUAUGCUGCGGAAGUGACGGCAGCAUUAGAAUAUUUACAUCUUAUGGGGUUUAUAUAUCGUGAUUUAAAACCAGAAAAUAUUUUACUUCAUCAAUCAGGCCAUAUUAUGUUGAGUGAUUUUGAUUUAUCAAAACAAAGUGAACGGGCGAAAAACCCGGAAAUAUCAUUUCAUAAAUCAGGUAUGCAUUUAUCAUCAGCGGGGAGCUCUAAUCAUCACAAUGGACCAGCAAUUGAUACUAAAGCAUGUAUAGAUGGAUUCCGAACUAAUUCCUUUGUUGGAACUGAAGAAUAUAUUGCACCGGAAGUGAUUCGUGGUAAAGGUCAUACUAGUGCUGUUGAUUGGUGGACAUUAGGGAUAUUUCUUUAUGAAAUGUUAUUUGGAACUACUCCUUUUAAAGGUCAAGAUCGGAAGAAAACGUUUGCUAAUGUUUUGAAAAAAGAUGUCAAAUUUUCCGAUACCCAACAACUGAUUUCUUCAAAUUGUCGAAAUUUAAUUAAAAAAUUAUUAAUUAAAGAUGAAGAAAAAAGAUUAGGUUCCAAAACUGGAGCUUCGGAAAUAAAAAAUCAUGCAUUUUUUAAAGAUACUCAAUGGGCAUUAUUAAGACAUCAAAAACCACCAAUGAUCCCCGUUUUAACUAAAUCAACUUCAACUUCAAAUUCAAACAAAAAAUAUGAAAAACCAAUGGAAGAUACUGAAGAAAUUGAUGAUGUGACAUCAAUAUCAAAAUCAAUUAAUGAACAAAUAGAUGAUCCAUUUUCACAAUUUAACUCAGUGACUUUAAGAUAUGGUGGUGAAUUUGAAGAUUUAAAUCAAAGUCCAAUGUAUAAUCCUGAUAGUAGUGCUUAUACUAGUGUGGCUUAUACCAUGACUUCUAAUAAUGAAAAUUCUUUCCGUCAAAAAAGUUUUUUGAAAAGGUGA